GACACCUCAAGUGUUUGUAAGUAUGUCUGUAAGAGAAAUAGGAAACGCAAGUAGAGAACAAAUGGAGUCAGUUGUAUCAGAACUUGAAGGAACCCUUCUCAAGGAUUCUAAUCCUUUCUCCUACUUCAUGCUGGUUGCCUUUGAGGCCUCCGGAUUGAUUCGUUUCGCCUUAUUAUUGCUGUUCUGGCCGGUAAUUUGCUUGUUGGACAUGAUUGGUAUGGGAGAUGUUGGCCUCAAGCUAACCAUCUUUGUUGCAGUCGCCGGAGUUCGUGAGUCUGAUAUUGAGUCCGUGGCACGCGCAGUGUUGCCUAAGUUCUAUAUGGAUGAGUUGGACAUGGAGGCUUGGAGGGUGUUUAGCUCUUAUGAUAAGAGGGUGGUGGUGACCAAGACACCAAGGGUGAUGGUGGAGAAGUUUGUGAAGGAGCAUCUAAGGGCUGAUGAAGUUAUUGGGAGCGAGCUUGUGGUGAACAGGUUUGGGUUCGCCACUGGGUUUGUCAGCAGCGAUGAAGAUGGUUCCUUUUCGGACCGAAUUAAGGCCUUGUUCUCCGGCGAAAAACCUAGUCUCGGGUUAGGCCGUCCAACAGCUUCUCCAUCGUUCCCCUCAGUGUGUAAGGAGCAACUCCAUCCACCAUUCUGUGGGAACUGGAAGCAUGACCACCAACUCAUCCGGCCGGUGCCAGUCAUCUUCCAUGAUGGCCGACUGGUAAAGCGUCCGACGCCGUCGACGGCACUCCUCAUCCUACUAUGGUUACCCAUGGGUAUCAUACUCGCAACGAUACGCAUUCUAGUGGGUUUAAUACUACCCAUGUCUAUCCUCCCCUACACCUCUCCAUUAUUCGGUGGCAAAAUCGUCGUCAAAGGAAAGCCACCCCCGCCGGCGACUGGUUCAAACAAUGGCGUUCUCUUCGUGUGCACUCACCGGACCCUAAUGGACCCCGUCGUUCUAUCCACGGUUCUUGGCCGAAAGAUCCCGGCCGUCACCUACUCCAUAUCACGGUUAUCGGAGAUCCUAUCGCCGAUACCCACAGUCCGGCUAACCAGGAUUAGGGAUGUGGACUCUGAUAUGAUAAAGACAGAGCUAGAGAGAGGUGAUCUUGUGGUUUGCCCUGAGGGGACAACAUGUAGAGAACCCUUUCUCUUGAGAUUUAGUGCACUGUUUGCAGAAUUGACUGACCGGAUCGUGCCGGUUGCCAUGAACUACAGGGUUGGGUUCUUCCAUGCAACCACAGCAAGAGGUUGGAAAGGGUUAGACCCAAUUUUCUACUUCAUGAACCCUAGGCCAGUCUAUGAGGUGACCUUCUUGAACCAGUUACCAAUAGAGGCGACCUGCUCAGCUGGUAAAAGUCCACAUGACGUGGCUAAUUAUGUACAGAGAAUCUUAGCUGCAACACUGGGGUUUGAGUGCACCAACUUCACUAGGAAGGACAAGUAUAGAGUGUUGGCAGGGAACGAUGGAACUGUAUCUUAUACAACUUGGGUUGAUGGUAUAAAGAAGGCAGUCAGCACUGUUAAGCCCUUCAUUUAUACGCUAAAUUGAAGUAAAUUAAGCUAAGAUUGUUGGGCUCAUAGCCUUUCUUUUUUAUUAAUUCUUGUUCUUAUCAAUUACUAAGUCUGUGUGAUUAUGUAGAUAGCUAGGAGGUUCCUUUAAUAAUAAUUAAAAAAGAAAAAAGAAAAAAAAAGAGGGAGAUUGGUGAUUUGUGUUGCUGCCCAUUGGGCUCUA